UAUGUUAUUUACAAACAAUUUACAUUCUUUUACAUCGACUUUGACACUUGCCGUUUAUCUCGCUUACAAAUUGCAAUUGCAAAUGAAGUUGUACAUAUUAUGUGCGGGUGAUUGUAAGCAAUUAUGCAGUGAAAAUUUCACACAAGUACGCGCGAAAUAUAUAAGCUCAUAAAUAUAUAAGUAAACGCGCGAUGGGUGUAAGCUUUUUCUUUAGAGGAUUUUUGCAAAGACUUUUUCAUGUACACGCUGUGCAAAUAAGUCUUUAAAUAAUGGCAUUCUCGUUUCGAGCCGGCACUAAUUGGUGCCAUGAUUUCCCCAAACUCGCCAGGGAAUCAGGAUUUUACUUUAAUAUGCAUGGAUCCAGAGUACGAGUUGACUGGAAUCGCAUAGGUGCUAUAGAUAUAGACAGAGUUAUACGGGAAAGAGAUUUCUCAAGUAUAGAUCAAAACAUUAACAAUGUAAUAGAUUACUGCUUGGAGAGUGAAUAUGAUGUCAAGAUUUUGGACCCUAAUUUUGUUAAGUUGUUCAGACUUGCACAACUGUCAGUUGAGUAUUUAUUGUAUUGUAAACAGUAUUUGGAUCAUAGUGUAAUAAUAUUGAAGGAUGAGCUGAGACAGAAGAUCGAACAAAAUAUCAGUAUGAAGAAAGAAAUUGCUGCCUUGGAAGAUACUGUAAAGAAUCUAAAGGAGAGAUCAAAAGAGAAACGUAAAUUAAUUGAGACUAACAUCGGUGAAAUCUCUAAUGGAGAAGUUUACAAAUGUCCACAUUGCCCAAAAACAUUUGUGCGUGCUAUAUUUGUAAAUGCUCACAUAGCACGCAAACAUUCAUACAUAUCAGACAUGGGUGUAUCCUCUUCUCCUGUGCAUGACCAUUACCGAGCAGAAACAGAGAAAUUACACAACGAGAUAAAAACAUUGAAGGAAAGACUGAAUCAAACUGAAAGAGUAAUAAGGAAUGAAUCCGACAAACUGUUAGAUAAUUCAGAGAAGGAUUAUUCAAGAAACACAAAUAAAAAUGAGUAUGAUUUUAGCAGAGUAGAUAGAUUUCAAGAGCAAAGAAGAUAUCAAGAAGAUAUUGGAAGUUUGAAGAACAUGCUCUUUGAUGAGAUACGUGCAUUAAGAGAAAAAGAUCACGUUGUAAAUGAAAGUAUUCUGGAGACAAAUGUGAAAAGUCUAAUUAGUCAACAAGAGAAAGAAAUUGAGAAUUUGAGAAAUCAGCUUCAUGAAAGAUUGACUCCAGGCAUGGAAAAUAUGCAAGUAAAGCUACAAACGCAAGAAAAUCAUUGGAAAGUCAAGAUGGAAGAUAUGGAAACUCAACAUCAUCGGGAUAUUGAGAAAUUAACGACAGAAUUAAAAGCGACUCAGCAGAUAGCUGAUCGUAUGAAGUCUGAGUAUGCGUCUAAGGUACAUGACUUGCAGAAACAGUCCAUGGAUCAAACCAACAUGUUGGUAGAGCAAAGAAAACAAUUAAACAGCUUGUCACGUGAGAUCAGUAAUUCGCAGACACAAAUCAAUAAUCACAAAACUAGGGAAAAGAACGCAGCAGAAUUCCAUAAAUCUGCUUUAUUAAUAAAACACGACAGCAACAAUGAAAACAAAACUUAUAAGAGUUUAAAUAAUACUGAAGAUACGGAGAUAGUCAUUGAAGAUGUUGGUAGUGAAUCUAGUCAAGAAUAUAAUGAAAAAUUAAUGUCAGUCGUAACACGAACCCAAAAUAUGCCUACUAAAGAUAAAACUGUAAAGAGCAAGGGUAAUAAGAAAGUUGUAACUAACAGCAGGACUGUAAAACAUUUGAUUACUCAAUCUAAUCUGAAAAAAUUAGAUAGAUCAGAAGUUGUUAAAGAAACAAAAAAUAGUGCUAGGCAUUAUGAUAAGUUGGAUGACAUAAAUGAAGUUAAUGACCGCAUAAAUGAAAAUUUUAUUAUCAAAGAAGAUCCUAUUGAUGUAAAUAAAAAAUAUGUAGAUAUUAGAGAAAAGAAAGAAACGUUACAUAUAGAUAAUAUGAAAAACAAGAGAUCCGAAUUUUUAGAAAAGCGUAGUGUAAGUUCUGUAACAGAAUCUGGUUCUUUGUCGUCGAUGUCAGAAUCAGGGACCGAUAGUGAGAGUGUUACAACGGAUGAUGAUUUAGUAAAAAAAUGUAAAACGCCUACAAUUAAACCUCCCAAUGUUAGAAAAAUAUCGAUUCUGGAAGAUGCACAAAUUAUGUUUGAUAAUCGGUUAAGAGAAUUAGGAAUUGAUCCAGAAUGGCAAGGAAUACCUGCGGCAACAUAUAAGCAAAAAAUGGAGAUUAUAAGGCAUCAGCAAAAUAUUAAUGCAAAGAAAUUAGUUCGGUAUAAUCAAAUUAAACAAAAAAUACUCGAAGAUGUUCUUCAAAGAAUAUCAGCAAAUCAUAAAGAACCAAGAUAUUCUACGCUUACAAAAAAUUUCCCUUUGGAUAAACUUGUUACUCGCGUUAAAUCAAAAGCAUGGAAAGCAUUCAGUAAAGACAAUGGCGAGUAUACAUCUAUCCAGAAAGCAGAAAAUACGACUCCAUUAAAAUUACGUUUAAAGCAGAAGAUCGAGCUUCUUCCUAAAAAAUACAAAGAUGAGGUAUAUGAAAACACACGUGAAUCACCAUUGAAAAAAAAUGGGGCGGAUACUUACACCAGUCCAAAAGUGACUCCAGUAUAUUCAAAAUCGAUUCGAAGCAUUUCCUCCGCAAGCUCUAUUGAAUCUCGAGAAGAUAUAAAACAGAUUUCACCUACAAAGAUAACUGUAUCGGAUAUUGCAAGUAAAAUGAAUUCUCCCAUCAGUAAGAAACAGGUGGUAACGCCAAAAUUGUUUGAAAAUAAUGACUCGGACAGUACAAUUAUGCCAGACAAUUCAGUUCUUUCUCCGAAAAAUAAAAGUGUUUUAAAACCGACGAGUGGCUCAGUUGGUAGUUUGGUAAAGAAAAAAGUCUUAUUCGAUUUGAAUGACAAAAAAAAUGAUGAUACGACGAUAUCAGAAAAUGAUCAAGGAAAGAAUCAAGUAAAUAAUGAUUGGAAAGUAUCAAGCUUUGCUGAAAAGGGAGAAUAUGCAUUGCAGAAAGAGAAGUCUAUGAGCACAAGCAACAUUGUUUUGAAAACUUCGCAAAGCGAUAAAAUCGCAGAAAUAUCCAAGAAGAUACAGGAACAGUUGAGUAUAUCAAAAAAGCCACCUGUAGGAUCGGUUGAAACCAUCUUUCGAGUCAAUACAAGCUCACAGGAUUUUAUGAAUUAUAAUGGAGGAAAUCAAUUGUUAAACUCGACCAGUCUCGUGAACUCCAUCUUGGACAGUCCUAUGCGGAAUUUUACAAGUCCGAAGGCGAAAGGCAACAUAUUCCCACAACCUGCUCCGCGAACUCUGAAAGACAAAGAUCCCGCUAUUGUUCAACGUAAAAAUGAAAUAAAGUAUUCUGAUCUAGAUUCAGAUAUCGAUGAAAUAUUACAAAUGGAAUAAGGUGUACUGAUUAUAUCUACGAUGUAACUUUAAAUUAUUAUUUCAAUCUAUACAUCUUCC